GGCUGGACACGCUGAAUGUAAAUCUAGCCGCAAACAACAUCUCUCUCUUUUCUCUGUAUGGCUGUGAAUCCUGCAAGGUGAGCUUGGCUCAGGAGGAGCACUGUCUGGGUUUGUGCGCAGUUUGCAGACACAUUUGCGAGGAAGCCGUGCUGGAAUAUAUUCAGGGGUGAAGAACCGAAGGAGAAAGGGCGAAACCCUCCUACAGCCUGCGCUUUCUUCCCUCUCUUUCUCUCUGUCUCUUUCUCUGGACGCAAGACUUGGGCAAAAUGGUUUUCCCGAAAUCUCAGUGACUGCGAUGUCAGCACCUCUCUCUCAUCUAGGCUACCGCUCGUGGAGCACAGACUGAAGAAAUACACGAACUGAGAGAAGAAAAAAACACGUUAGUCGGGUCAGGUGGUUUUCUCUUGAGAGAGCAGCCGUUCGUUCACGGCGCACUGGAUUCAAGUAACACUCGCCCCUGGCAGCUGAAGAUGACGUUACUAUGGAAACAGUUUUUGCUGCUAUCAAUCAUGGAGUAUCUUGCAGAGUGUGUGGAUUAUAAGUCUUUCAAUGGGCCGAAGUGGCGAAUGGAGCCCAGCGAUCUGACAGUGGGCUCACUGGAGGAAGAGGCUACACUGGCCUGUGAUGCAAAGGGCAUUCCUUCCCCUCAGUACAGGUGGUCUCUGAACGGCACAUUGAUUAAUCUCAGUACCGAUUCCCGUCGGCGGCUAUCUGGGGGAAAUUUGGUCAUUAGGAGUCUGGACCGAGCCCAGGAUGGAGGAAUAUACCAGUGCACUGCCUUCAACCCACAGGGAGCAAUUCUUAGCAGAAGAGCGAGCCUCCAGUUUGCAUACUUGAAUUUAAAAACUCAAACCAGGAGUGCUGUCUCUGUGCGAGAAGGCCAGGGGGUCGUUUUACUUUGUGGUACACCAUCAUAUGCAGGAGAUCUCUCAUUUGCAUGGGUCUUCAAUGAAUACCCUUACUUUGUCCAGCAAGACAAUCGUCGCUUUGUCUCUCAGGAGACGGGAAACCUUUACAUCGCCAAAGUCGAGCCCUCAGAUGUGGGUAACUACACAUGCGUGGUGGUAAACCGCAUCACUAAAGGCAAAGUCCUCAGCUCCCCAACCCCUCUAGUACUGCGAACCGAUGGCGUAAUGGGUGAAUAUGAGCCGAAAAUAGAGGUUCAUUUCUCUGACAUGGUUCCAGCUGCAAAGGGAUCAGUUGUGACACUGGAGUGCUUUGCUUUGGGGAACCCAGUUCCAGAGAUAACGUGGAGGAGAGCGAAUGGAGUGCCGUUUCCCAGCAAGGUGAAGAUGAAGAACUCAAAUGUAGUUCUGGAGAUUCCCAGUUUCCAGCAGGAGGACGCCGGAGGCUAUGAAUGUGUGGCUGAGAACAAGAUGGGAAAGAACACAGUUCAAGGACGCCUGUCUUUCCAUGCAAAGCCUCAGUGGGUUCAGACGAUGCGAGACAAUGCUUUGUCAGUCGAAGAGAGAUUGUUCUGGGAGUGUAAGGCCAAUGGGAAGCCCAAGCCUUCAUACAGCUGGCUGAAGAAUGGAGAACUACUGGCAGCCGAGGACAGGAUCCAGAUAGAGAACGGAGCCCUGUCAAUCAGCUCCGUGAACCUCUCCGAUGCUGGCAUGUAUCAGUGUGUCGCUGAGAACAAACACGGAAUCAUUUAUUUUGGUGCCGAAUUGGUGGUGUUAGCCUCGCCUCCAGACUUUUCCAGAAGCCCUCUGAGAGCUCUGCUUAAAGCCAAGACGGGCAGCACAGUCACCAUGGAGUGCAGACCACAGGCAUUUCCCACAGCCAUCAGCAUGUGGAGGAAAGGCAACGAACCAGUGCAGAGCUCAGAGAGGAUAACUUUACCCCCUGAUGGAACACUUAGAAUUACAAAUGUGACCAAGAUGGACGGGGGAAACUACGCAUGCUUGGCUAGAAACCAGUUUGGUGCGGCCAGCACUACAGGAAGACUGCUGGUCACAGAUCCCACACAAAUCACCCAGGGUCCAGUGGACAUGGAGAUCAUUGUUGGGGAGAGCAUCGUACUGCCCUGCCAGAUCUCCUGUGACCCCGCUUUGGAUGUUUCAUUCUCCUGGGCCUUCAAUGGGCAGCUCCUCAAUAAACUAGACCAACAUUAUGAGCAUGUGGGUGGGAGUACAUCUGGGGAUUUGAUGAUACGGAAUAUACAGCUGAAACACGCCGGAAAGUACGUCUGUGUGGUUGACACGGAUGUCGAGAGUUUAUCAGCGGCAGCUAUUUUAAUCGUGAAAGGUCCCCCAGGAGCUCCAGAUGGUGUAACAGUGGAGGAGAUCACAGACAGCACAGCUCAGCUUUCUUGGAGACCUGGCCAGGAUAAUGGCAGCCCCAUCACAAGCUAUAUCAUCCAGGCCAAGACAGCAUUCACAGUGGGCUGGCAAGCGGUGAACACGGUCCCAGAGGUGAUUGAUGGGAACACCUUGACGGCAACGGUGGUGGAUCUGAACGCAUGGGUGGAGUUUGAGUUCAGAGUGCUGGCCAGAAACAGCGUCGGCGUGGGAGAACCAAGUCCCGCUUCUCUUAAAACAAGAACUGAAGAUGCAGUUCCUGACACGGCCCCCACCGAUGUUGGAGGUGGGGGUGGCUCCAAGUCAGAGCUAGUAAUAACAUGGGAGCCUGUGCCUGAAGACCUGCAAAACGGAGAUGGUUUCGGCUACAUCAUUGCUUUCCGGCCACUGGGGGAGGUCAACUGGACGCACGCCGUCACCUCCAUCCCAUCCCAGUCCCGUUACGUGUACCGUAACGAGAGCAUCCCACCCUUUUCUCCAUUUAGUGUCAAAGUGGGUGCCUACAACACCAAAGGCCAGGGACCGUUCAGCCCUGUUACCAUUGUGUUCUCGGCUGAGAAUGAGCCCAGUGGCGUUCCAGACGGCAUGUGGGCCAGAAGCAUUUCUGCCACUGAAAUUGAAGUGAGCUGGCACAUUCUCAGCGCUUCCCCAGAAAGAGUGUUGGGCUAUGAGGUGGUGUACUGGGAGGACGAUACAAAACCAGAGACCAUGGGCAAAGUCAGAGUGUCUGCCAAUCAGAACAAGGUUAACAUCAGCGGUCUGAGAGGAUACACUCAGUAUUUCCUGACAGUGAGUGCUUUCAACACAGCAGGAACUGGCCCUCUUUCUCCCACCAUCAAUGUGACCACCAAGAAGACCCCACCCGGCCAGCCACCUUUGAACGUGGAGUGGAAUCUGAUUGGCUCUAAGCUCACUGUUCAUUGGGAACCUGUCAUUUCUCUGGAGAUGGAGUCAGAUGUUACCGGGUAUCAGGUGUCUUACAGAAGGAACCGGCAUAAAGAAAUUAACACAAUAACAACAAAUCUGACCUCAGUGGAGCUCACGCUACCUGCAGAUGAUGAUUACAUCAUUCAGAUACGAGCGCUGAGUGACGGAGGAGAAGGGAUGCCAACCGAACCCAUCAACAUACAUAAACUUAGUAUGAGCGUACGAGGGUCCAGAGCCUGGCGACCCAACACCAUCCCAGUGUCCUUGCUUUCCAUCAUCGCGUUAUCAACACUGCGGCCAACUUUGUGUUAGCAACCUCUGACCAGUUUGAUUGCCUGCACUCUUCCUCGCUGUGGAGCCGUUGGAGAGGUGCACCAAAACACUGGAAGAGAUAUUAUCGAUCUAUCUCUCCAUAGUUAUCUGGGGCAAUGUCCGGCGAGGCCUUCAAGGAGCGUAACGGGAAAACGUCAGCGUCAGGGUGGUCAGAUUUCAUGUGCAUGUGUUAUGUACUGUGUAUCAUUGUGUCCUUGCAAGCGAUCCGAGACCCUAACAAGGUUUCAACGGAAGGUUUUUGAAGCAUAUUGGUGUAUGAGGAGGGAUGAGUCAUGUUACUGCACUAAGAUUUCAUCUUCUCAUUGAUCCGUCGGAACAAAUGCCUUACUUCCAUGUACAUGCCAAAGUAGUUAACAUCCUUUUGCUUCUUCCUACGCUACUGUUUGUUAAACUUAUGACUGGUUUGUAGUUAUCACAUCAUUAACUGAAGGAUUAGUUCACCCAAAAAUCAUUUACACACCCUCUUGUUGUUGUCAUGUGACUUUAUUGGCUGUGGGACACAAAGUGCUAUUUUAAAGAAUGAUCCCAUGCAAUUACAGUGAAUUUAGAGAGAGGCCUUUUAAAGCAAUAGUUCACUCAGAAAUUAAAUUCACUUAUACUCAGGUCAUCCAAGAUUUGUUUCUUGAGAAAUUUAGCAUAACAUCACUUGCUCACCAAUCGAUCCUCUGCAGUGAAUGGGUGCCGUCAUAAUGGCAAUCCAAACAGCUGAUGAAAACAUCACAAUCCACACCACUCCAGUCCAGUCCAUCUUGUAACCUGAAAAAAACAUUUGUUUAUAAGAAACAAAUCCAUCAUUAAGGCAUUUGAACUUUUUCAUCACUUUUGGCCAAAAUCGAUUAAACCGUACAGGGAAAAAGUCCAUCCCCUGUUGUCCAUCGAAAUCAACCAUACAUAUUUGUUCAGAACUAAUUUAGACUGUUUUUUGCUUUUCAGCAUUGCUUGAUCUGUGCAUAUUUCGCUCCUGAUUCAGACCAUUUUCACUGGAGAAGGCAAUAUUAUAGAUAGAGCAAGAUGUUAAAAACAUCUUACAGAUGAAUUUGUUUAUUACAAACACUCAGCUCUUCACACAACAUUAACUGAUGGACUGGAGUCGUUUGGAUUACUUGUGGAUUAGUGUGAUGCUUCCAUCAGCUGUUUAGACUCUCAACCUGACGGCACCCAUUCACUGCAGAGCAUCUACUGGUGAGCAAGUGAUGUAAUGCUACAUUUCUCCAAAUCUGUUCUGAUGAAGAAACAAACUCAUCUACAUCUUGGAUGACCUGAGGAUGAGUAUAUUUCCAGCAAAUUAACAUUUUUAAGGUCAUGGAAGAGCUAUAAAAAAAUAUCAUAAAUGUGGUCCAUACAACUUCUAGGCUAUGUAACCACUUACAAAUUCAUAAUUUUAUGUGAGAAACAAGCCAAAAUAUUCACCUUUUGUGUUUUGAAGAAAAAAGAAAGACAUUGGGAACAACAUGAGGGUGAGUAAAUAAUGACAGAAGACUCAUAUUUUGUGUGAAUGAUCCCUUUAAGCUGUUUGUUAUACUUGUGAUUGUUCUGUAAUCACAUCAUUAAUUAACAUUUCGCCUUUGCUUAAUUAUUUGUUCAAGAGUUGUGUCUGUGCCUUAUCUAUGUUUUAGCACACACAAGGCUUGUGUUUGUUUGCUCCAAGCACCAUGUUGCAGCUACAAGCCUCUAGUAUUCAUGAUUGUCAAAGUGCUACAGUACAGGAUCUACACUAUUUCAACUGUGUUAACACUAGAAGAGGUUAUGGGUAAAUCUGUGUACACUCACAACAGUAAUGAUAUCAGAUGAUAGUGACGUGAGGGAUCUUAUUAGACUUUUAUAAAUUCGCUGAUUCUUAGUUUAGAAUUUGAUUAAGCAUUUAGACACUUAAUGCAGUCAUAAUGAUUCGAUUUAAUAAAGAAUAAUUGAAUAAUUUUUGAUGAUAAAAAAUGCACUGUUUUAGUAAAAGGUGGGUGAAAAUGUAAUUUUGAGAUGAGCAACCAAUUAUUACAGAAUUACAAUAUGAGAUAUGUUAGAUUUUCUUUCCUCACUAUCAGAAAAUCUGGAGCGCUAAAGCCACAUUUUAAUGACCUUUUUUUAUUAGUAUCUCUUAAUUAUCCCUUGUGAAAAAGAAAUGUUCUUAAUUGUGUUCAAUUUGUAUUUGUAGUGUACUUUCAAUCUUAAAAAAGUACAUCGCAGAUCAUAUUAAAUAAAAAGGCCACUUUAGUGUAUUCAUUUUUAAUGACUUUAAAGUAAAUUUUUUAUAAUUGUUUAAAUAAUAAAUUGACUUAUUUUGAUGUGUUGACACAUUAAAGCAAUGCAAACAACGCGAUUAAAAUUUGAACAGUAGUAUGUUAAUAUUACACAGUUAAUAGAUUUAUACUAAACUGCUUCAUUGCAAAUGUGUAAUUACACAUACAUUUCAAUAAAUGGCAAACAUCAAUAGAACUGACAUUAAAGCAUUUUUAGUUGACCAUAAAUGCUUUUCAUUACAUUCUAUUCAGAAGUACACUUUAACCAUAUUUAAAAGACAAUACAAGUGAUUACGAAAUUCUUUUAACGUAUAUUAUUUCCAUAAUAAGUAGUCUUUUUAAAAGCAUACCUAAGCGUACUUCUUUUUGACAAGGGAUGACCCAAGUAUUGUACUUUUUUUGUUGUUGUUUUUAAUACUGUUACAAUUUUCAGAAACAGCAAAGUGAGCCAGAUAUGAUAGGUUUAAUGUAUUAAUAAUCUGUUAAGCACUACAGCAUAACUUGUUUUAUUACAUAUAAUAACAAAUUAGAUGUCAGCUAGUGUUAUUUUCGUUGCCCUUGGUUUAUCUGCACACUGUUAGAUCUGAGCAAGCGUACUCAGUCUGCUGCCGGUGUUUCUUCACACAGCAGAGGAUGCAGACAGUGUUGUAUUGGCUGUUGCUUUUAGUCCAGAUAUCAACACAAAGGGUGGGCAGCGCUGGAUACUGCACACGUCUGCUGGAUCUUAAACCAGAAAUGCUGAAUGGUUGCUAAAAGCCACUUGUGUUUUGUUUUUGUUCAUUUUUUGGCCAUGUAUAUUGUGACUUGUUCUUCUGUGACUGUUAAAAGUUCUGGUACUUUAUGCAUUCGAAGCUUGUUUAGCAAACCUCAGAUAAAUAGCUGGUGUUUUAUUUGUCACUUUCUCGCUGUGUUGGACUGCGGCGCAGAUUCUAGGCCACUCACCAGAUGCUCCUCAGGGCCUUUAUCAGCUGAAUCAGAUGUGUUUAGGAAAGUUCGGGACAAAAAAAAACUGCUUACCCAGUAACGCUCAAAUUGCUUUAGACUCAUUCAGUCCUGGUAAUUAAAGGAAUAGUUCACCCAAAACUGAAAAACUGCUGAACAUUUACCCACCCCCUUGCACCAUCUGAAAUAUAUAUGAGAUUGUUUCUUUAAGAAAUGUAGCGUUACAUCACUUUCUCAACAAUGGAUGCUCUGCAGUGAAUGGGUGCCGUCAGAAUGAGAUUCCAAACAACUGAUGAAAACAUCACAAUAAUCCACCAUUAAAGUCUUGUAUUACUUGUGAAUUAUUGUGAUGUUUUUGUCAGCUGUUGUGACUCUCAUUCUGACGGCACCCAUUCACUGCAGAGGAUCCACUGGUGAGCAAGUGAUGUAAUGUUGAAUUUGAUGAAGAAACAAACUUGUCUACUUCUUGGAUGGCCUGAGGGUGAGUACAUUUUCAGCACUUUUAGGAGAACUAUUCCUUUAAUUAUUAUGCUUGUGUAUUGCAAUCCUAAAAUAAAAUGUGGCCUAAAACAUCGCUGUCGAAAGAUAUAAACACAAGAACGCUGGAAAAUUUAGAGCCAUGACCUGAAAGAACAUGAUUUGACUGGUCUUUACCGUGAUUUAGAAGCCAUUAAACCAUGCUAAUAAAUUACAGUGAGCCCUACAGUGGCUUUUGACCAAAUCUGCAAGGGAAUAAUGGUUAUUAGCAGAGGCGAAGACAAGAUGGAUGUGAGAUGAACAGCAUGAUGAGCGGUAUCAGGACUGUCCAGACAGCUGACGAGCUUUGCUUUUCGUUCUUUUGUUUCUCCUCACGAAAGGGACGUGGCCACCUUUCUGUGCCAUUUUUGGAUGGCCGCACUCAAAGGGCCUUUGUAUGACUCUCACUUCGGUACAUGUGAGGAGACUCCAGGGUGUUGUUCAAGGCCGCCCGCACACCCGGCCUUGGUUUGGAAUUGUUAGGUCAAAUAGGAAGCAGUCUGAAGUGAGAGGAAAUGAAAAUGGUCUCUGAGUGAGAAAAGUCGCAUUGUCCCUACAGACUUGCCGUACAAUAUAGAUGUCACAUCAAACUCUGUUGAAGCUCUUGGAUGUUUUUGUGUCCGGGAUGAAGGCUGCUGCAUGAUUUUGAUUUAACCUUUGAUUAUGGCUGCUGACAUUUAGGUGCCUGUUGGGACUUGUGUAUUUUGUUCUGGAUUGUCAGCCCAUUUUGUGAAUAUUAUUCAUAUUUUCUCUGGAGUUCCUACUUCAUCUGAGAUCCUUAAGUGCUUAUUAUAAAUGUAAAAAACUAAAAAAACGAACAAAAAAGAAAAUCAUUGGUUUAUGUGAUUGUGUCUGAAAAAAGGUGACGAAAAAAAAAAAGAAGUGUUUUGUAUUUUGUAAGUAUUGUUUUGUUGUUUCAGUUUCAUGACAUCAAACUUGUAAUGGCUUUUUUGUUAAAGGUCAAGUGUUGUCCUUUAAAAGUAAAGUAAUUUGAUUAUGGCUGUCACGGAUCGAUUUGUGGAAAGAUUAUGUCGUGGAAUGCAAGAAUAUAUUUUGUUCCUCUUUGGUUGAAAUGUCGACGAGAUCGAGAUUAACUUGUGUUUUCGUGUGUUAGAUUCAAAUAGAUCCACCUUCCAUAUGAAUACAUGUAACAACACUUGACCUAAUGUUUUGAUAUUUCUGUAUUAAUACAUUGUUUACUGAAUACAUCUCUGUGAGAUGAUGUACUGGAGCUGAAUACCGUUUUCACAUUGAAAAGAAUUGGAUUGUGUAUAGUAAAGCUGUGCAUGUUGAUUGUUUAAUGUGUGUACAUUUUUUCUAAAGCAAAUUUAAUAAAAACAACUUACUGGAGAUUUACCUCCAUAAUGUCAA